CUUGUACUUUACAAAUCAUUCCCACAUGCUUGAAGCCCUGAAACCUAACCCGUCUCCAAUGGCCUCCCACCACCACCACUGCCACCACCCACCACCAGUAGCCGCCGCCUGUUGUUACUGCCACUAUUCCACCUGCUGUACCCCUCCUGCACCAGACCCACUCCUCAACCACCCCCCUCCUCCUCCGCAAUCCCACUGCCACUCUCCCUAUCUCAACCCACCUCACGAAACCUUCCUCCACCACCCACCACUGCCGACCCACCAACGCAAGUAUCAAGAAGAGUUUCAACUCCACCAGCAGACCCAGACGCGGACCCAACCCAUUGUGUCCUCUCUUCUCCGCCGCAUCGCCGCCCUCGAAUCCUCUCUCCGCCGCCAAUAUUCUGCUUCUAAUUCUCGCCGUGACGCUGCCGCCCGUACCAUCCAAACCCACUUCAGAGCUUUCCUGGUUCGCAGAUCACGAACGCUCCGUCAGCUCAAAGACCUCGCUUCCGUCAAAUCCACUCUCAAUUCUUUCAAGACCUCCUUUGUCGAUAAUGCCCACCUCCAUUCUCAAGCUUUCUCUCGCAGGGCCAUGAACUUGCUUCAUAAACUCGACUCUAUUCAGGGUGGUGAUCCGAUGAUUAGGGAUGGUAAAAGAUCGAUUCGCAUAGAUAUAAUUCGAUUCAUAGAGUUUAUUGAUGGGGUUUCGAAGAAAAGAAGUGAAAUUUCAAGCAUAGAAUUGAAGAAUGCGAGAUUUGGUAGGACUGGUAACAAAUCUAGGGUUUUGUAUGGUGGUCAAAAGAUCAGCACUGCUGAUUUUCGAGAGAUGGCCGGUGAUGAGAGAGUUUUGGUGGAGAAAUUGCGGGGCCGAGUUGAGAAAAUUCAUGGGUUUUCUAGAGUUUCUGAGGAUGAUUAUGAUGAAGAAGAAGAAGGCAUUGAGCUUGAAAACCCUAGAAUUUUUAUCAAUGGAAAUGUUAGUGCUUCCCACAAUAGAGAAGGGGGUUUGGUGAAGAGGCAAGGUGGGGUUCAACCCAAAGUUAAGAAAAAUGUGAGCUUUGCAGACAAUGGGAAUGUUUCUAGGGUUUUUCUAAGUGCCCAUGAGCCAAUUUCAAGUGGAGAUACUAAUAGCAGUGAUGGGAGUGUUUCAAUUGAUGAGGAGAGAGAGCUUGUGGACAAUCUUUGUAGAGAAGUUGAAGAAAGUGGGGGUUUAUCUAAUGGAAGUCAGGAUGAUGAUGAAGCACAUACAGAGGAUGGCAGUGAAAGAAACCCUAGAAGGAAUUUGGGAGCUGAAGAAAACUAUGAGAUUAGUGGACACUAUGAGGGAGAAAAUGGGAAAUUUGUGUUUUCUGCUCCACUGCCUGUGAAGAUGGAAUCUAAAGCUGAUUUGAUGAAGAAGAAAAAGGCUGUGAAAAUUGUUGUUUGAAGGGCCGUAACAUGGGUUAGGUUGAAGUCUUGAUCUGUUUUUUUUUUUUUUGGCCUGCUGGGUGUAAAGCAAGGCUUGUUUGUUCUACAAUUUUGUUCUAAUUGUUUCCUCUAGGAAGUAUUGGUAACCUUUCCUUCGUUUGUGAAGAGAGGUUUGUGAGCGUAGUUAAAUGUACCUGCCCCUUGAGGGGCCUCUAAUGUCAAAUGAUUUGCGACUCUCCCCAAUUUUAAUGUUUUACUACGUGUUCAUUUUA